AUGGACCCGAUAACCAUCUCCACGGCCGUAAUCACCUUUGCAGGGGCUGUUGUGUCAAUUGGCAAGGGCAUACGGAAGCUCAAGUCGCUGGCGCGAACCGAUGCCGACUUCUGCGACCUGCUCAACGAGCUCGAAAUGCUCCACGUCUUUGCGCAGCAGGCGUCCCAUACGGUCGAUGGCCUCGGCCGGUCCAGCGACGUGCUCGCUUCUUCGGCGCAGGCUUUGGAGCGCAUCCGGUGGGACCUCUGCAAGACUGCAGCCGAGCUGGACGUCUUGGCCACCGACUUGGCCCUCGCGAGCAGUGGGCGCGUCGACAAGCAGGGGCAAGCCAGGAUACCCAAGCUGAAGUGGCAGCAGAACAAGAAAACUGUCGCGGAGCUGCGGGUACAGUGCCGCCGGUCUCGCGAUAACAUGGCGUUGCUCCUCAACAUGCUGCAGCCGUCACUCCUCACGUAA